ACAUGGAGGACACCCGGUGGUCUUGAGUGGGGCCUCAAUACACUUCACCAAGCACAUUUCAGUUAUUAAUUUCUUCCAAUAAAUUCAUCUCCAUCCACACCAAAUCAUCAUAAACGGGCAUCAGCACGAUGAAGGCCAAGAGUAAGAGUAAGAGGAAUGUACGUAAAUUCGGUAGAUUGAAGAUCAAUCAGAAAGAGGAACCACCCAGCAAUGAUGAUAGCAUUGAUUUGUCCAAUUUACGUAAGCCUAUUCCAACGAGUUUGUCGAGUUUACGACAAGUGGCUAAGCUGUUUGAUACCGGAAAUAAUGAAGUUAAAUCGAUACUUGAUUAUGAGUGUGAAGUCAUUUAUGAAUGUAGAAUCUGCAGGAGUUUGUUCAGGAGUUUGGCGAAUUUUAUAUCCCACAAGAGGGUUUACUGCAGGGUUAAAUUCGAUAUUUCUACGGAUAAGAGCGCCAUCGAUCCGCCUGGAAUGCCAAUUCUCAUUCCCAACAUCGCGAACCCAUCAACCUCGGACACCGAAUCCAAGGAGAACUGCCGGAAUGAUCGUUCCUCCAGGAAUCAGCCCCCAGAUCCUGUCCCUCGUAAAGACCUGACCUCAGUGGUGGCAAUGCUCCAAAAACGAAAAACGGAGGAGAAUUUAGGUGCUCCACGAGCUUCACCACCCCUCCGUAUAAUCGCAGACACAGAACAGGUCCUGCUGGAGGUGCUGGACUCAAAUCCUGUGGCCUAUCAGACAGUCCUAGAGCCAACGCACACAGAAAUUGACUCCACAGAUCUAAUGAAAGCUCAAGCAAACGAAGUACAAAAUAUUCUGAGUCGUAACACAGCGGUUCUCGGUCCGGAUGGUCAACUGAUCGAAGUGAGUCAUCUGGAGAAAUCAGAUAGUCCUCUGCAGUUUCUGGAUAACCCUGAGGACUCAUUGUCCUCCACUUCCUCAGCUGAGACAAAUCUCAUCUGCUCACUGUGCGAUGCCAAAUUCGCUACCAAGAAAACCCUGACAUUUCACAUGAAAUCACUGCACACACCUCACCGCAUGGUGUAUCCAUGUCCCUGUUGCGAGAGUCUCUUCACGAAUCCCUGGGGUGUCUAUCGUCAUCUGUACAAGAUCCACAGGAAGAGCAACGAGCAGGUGAGAAAAUUGAGGGCACAGAUACAGGAAAAAGCUUACAGAACUGAAUCAACACGUGCUCAGGACAUUGAAAAAGACUGUGCUAAUAGCAAAUUAAAUAACAAUCACGAGCCAAUGAUUAAUGAGACAGAAGAGUGGAUGGCACAUCUGGAGAGUGAUGGGGAGUUGCAGAGGUGUGGUGGAUGUGGAAAAAGAUUUGACAGGAAAGCUGCACUUUUAUCGCACUCGCAAAUCUGUCAGAAGAGAAUUGCAGCGUGCAGUGAUGGUGCUGCAAGACUCAAGAGACAGCAAAAGUCAUCGGAAAUUGUACUCGAGACCUCGACAUUGACACCUCUCACCACUAGAGUGUCAAUACCUGAGGGGAGUAUUUCUGUCAAGGAUAUCAUUCCGAAGGUGGUGAAGGAUAGCCAGAAGGAGGAGGUCGUCAGGCUGCCUAAUCUGUCAUCAGCUGUGACCCUGACUAGACUUGGACAGGAGCCAGAGAUUGGUAUCAGGGUGGAAGGGAUCAGCACCUUGAGCAAGGACGCUUGGGAGAAAAUGGGAGGUGAUGGAGCUGAAGACCUCGAGGGAACCAUUGAGUCCGGCAUUGGGGAUUUUCAGAAUGGAGUCAAGGUGGAGAAGAGGGACGAUGAGGAGGAGAUGGAUGAUGAUCCUGAGAUCAUCUUUACGAAGAUCGAGAAGAUCAAGGGUGCUGUGGGGAAUAGUGUCACGGGGAAGAGGAGGAAGAGAGUGGCGCAGACAGAGAGACGAAAUUCUCAUUCUUCAUUGCUCAAACGCAGCAGAACUUCAUCGUUGAAGGAGACAUCCGAGUCAGGGCGUCCUGUCUCCAGUCGUGUCAAAGCCAUUGAACACAGAAUAGCAACAAUUGCAGAUCUACCAAAACUGCAUUGUCUUCCCUGUAACAAAAAAUUCUCCAGUAUGGCUCAUCUCCGUAGGCACAUGGCAAUUCAUAUCAAUUGGAAUCGAUAUCGAUGCAAGGUCUGUGGAUUCAAAUGCUAUGAGAAAGUCGACUGCGUUGCUCACUGCAAUAUGGCUCAUGAUGCCAAGAAUAAUCGCAUCGCUAUCGCUGGAAUGAUGACGGAAAUUCAAAUCGAUGAAAGUACUCUGUGUAAUGCUGCUGGUCGGAGUCUAUUGAAGAAACAGAAUAAGGAAGCUGCUUAUCUUGAAGUUAUAGAUGUUACCAAGGCUAAUACCACUUCUCAUGAUAUUGCUAAUGCCAAUGAGGAGAUGGACUGCAUACAGAACGGUGACGUGAACUCGUCGAAGAAAACUCUUGAUUCGGAUUUGGAUGACCGCGCAGAAGACUCAUCUGACCGUUCGAAAAGGGUAAAACUGGACGAAGACCCAGAGCUCCGGAGAAUGGUGAUGGAGGUGAUCUUCGGUUCGUCAGAGAGUUCCUCAUCCCCGAGUGACCAAUCCCUCAGCAGUGCAAACACUCCAAAACCCAUGGAGCAUGAACCAAUUGAUCAGCGAAGUACCUCAUCAAGUCCUACAUCAAUUGACCUCCUGAAUCAAUCACCGAAGACCACAGAAUCACCGAAAAAUGAGGACAAAGUGCAAAGACCAACGCGAAUUCGAUCAAAAGUCAUCGAUAAAGAUUUCAUCUAUGAUCUGGAUGCUGUACUGAUGCAGGAGCCAGUGAUGAUGAAGGAAAACAGUAAUGAAACUGCUCUCAAAUCCUCAAAUGAUAAAAAACGUAAUUCAAUUGAGGUGAAUGAUUUCAAAGGUGGUGAUGAUCUCACUGUCGUCGUCUACACGAGUGAUGAAGUUGAUAAUAAAUUGCAGGAGAUACCCAAGACCAAUAUCAUCGUCUGUGACAAGUAAAUUCUGAUAAUCGGAGGCCUGAAAUUUUAUUUGUCUCUCAUUGAAAAAUUUACAUGUAAAAUUAUGAAUAUCGAUAUUUUUUUUUUUCGCUUAUUCGAAUGAUUUAUUCCAUUUUUCGUUGUAACUUUUCUCUUUUCAUCGUUUAUCUCGUUCGGUUUUGCAAGGAUCAUACAAUAUGAUUGACAGUAUUUAUCCAAUUUAUUCAUUGGGACGUUCAACAAACACAUGACUGUGUUUUAUAUGAUGAUGAAUUAUAAUUAUCCAUGUACAAGGGACAGUGUUGAUAUUGUAUUGCUAUUUUUUGUCCCGUUGUAUAUACAAUGGAGGAACAUUGAUCGAUUGUACGUGAAUGUAUUCUAAGGGAAAUAAAAUUUAAAAAUCA